AUGGGGGUUCUGAUUGACCCGCGACCAAGGAUUGGAGACGUGCACCCAAUCGAGGAUGCCAGAGUCGACAAAAUUAAUUCCAACCUAUCGGCACAGUCCGUUUCUAAGGUCACUAUAAACGGAGAUCAAAAGCCAAUUAUAACAGAAAAUACAUCAUCUGGUGCACCACAUACCCAGAAUCACACAACACAGCUCGAGAUCCUGGACAGAUACAUCGACGAACCACGCCCGCUCAAGGUCGCAGUCAUUGGCGGCGGCCUUGCAGGCAUCCUGGCUGGCGUCCUUUUACCGGUCAAAGUUCCUGGAAUUCAAUUGACAAUCUAUGAGAAGAACAAAGACCUUGGAGGGACGUGGCUGGAGAAUAUCUAUCCUGGUGUCCGAUGCGAUAUUCCAUCUCAUGUCUACCAAUCGACUUUUGAGCCAAAAAGAGAUUGGUCUGACGAGUUUGCACCCGGACAUGAAAUUCGCGACUAUUGGCAGUCCGUUGCAAAAAAGCACAAUGUGUACCAGUACGCCAAGUUUGAGCAUCUCGUCACGGAGACAAGCUGGGAUCCUGAUGCAGGAAAGUGGCGUCUUACUGCCCACAACUCCAAAGACAACCAAUCCAAGACGCUGGAAUACGACUUUGUGCUGACCUGCACUGGUCGAUUCAACGAUUGGAAGCUGCCAAACUAUCCGGGCAUCAACGACUUCAAGGGCACCCUACGGCACACGUCGAACUGGGAUCCUACAUUUGACCCAACCGGGAAGAGAAUUGCCGUCAUUGGAAACGGAGCAAGUGGAAUCCAGGUCGUCGCUACUCUUCAGAAAACUGUUUCUCGUCUGGACCACUAUGCCAGGAACAAGACGUGGAUUGCCACCUCGUGGGCGGGAGAUGAGAGAACGGCAGGAGCCCAGCCCAUUGAAAAGGAGCUCCAAGACACCUUUCAAGACUCCGCGACCUACAUCAGCUACAGGAAGAAGCUGGAAGACAAGUACUGGCGUGGCUUCCCUGGUGUCCUGCGAGGCAACGCUAGGAACGCGAGUCUCAGGGAUAGCUUCAUCCAGGUGGUGAAGAAGCGGCUAUCCAAGAAGCCGGAGAUGAUUGAACAAGUGGUCCCGGACUUCUCGCCAAACUGCCGACGGCUCACCCCUGGCCCCGGCUACCUUGAGGCCAUCACCGAGGACAACGUGGACUACAUACGCACGCCGAUUCGCGGAAUCACCGCCACGGGCAUCGAGACGGAGGACGGGGUGCACCGCGAAGUCGACGCCAUCUUCUGCGCCACCGGUUCCAAGUCCGACCUCGUCCCCCGCUUCCCCAUCACCGCCCACGGCAAGACCCUCGCCGACGUCUGGGCCCCCAACGGCUCUGGCGAGCAAGGCUUCCCCUACACCUACAUGGGCGUCGCCACGCCCGGCUUCCCCAACCUCCUCUUCGUCCACGGCCCCUUCGGCACCGGCCCCUCCGGCACCGUCCCGCAGAGCGUCGAGAGCCAGCUCGCCUACGUCGCCAAGCUCCUCCGCAAGGCAUCCCGCGAAGGCAUCAAGGCCGUCUCCGCGGACCCGCGCGCCGCGGACGACUUCAACGCCUUCGCCGAGGCUUUUUUCAAGACGACGGUGUUCUCAGAGGACUGCAGCUCGUGGUACAACGGCGGGCGGCCGGGCGGGCGCGUGCACGGCAUCUGGCCGGGCAGCGCGGCGCACCUGGCGAUUGUCAGGCGCGAGCCGCGGUGGGAGGACUGGCGGUGGGAGCAUUUGGGAAAGUCGGGGAAUAGGUUCCAGUGGUACCUGGGCAACGGGGCGACGAGGAGGGAGGCGGACCCGGAGGAGGAUAUCACGGCGUACCUGACGAACCCGGAGGAGGUGGACUUGAGGGACGUGCACGAGAGUUGGUGGAGCGUGCCGUAA